AUGCCUGGUGAUGCUCGCAAGAAAGGGGGAUCCUACUCCACCAACCCGAGCACUGUGCGUAUUCGCGCAUACGAGGCCAACUUAAGCCCUGACAGGCUGGCCCUUCGAAAGGCCAAAUUCUCCGAGUACCGUUCCCUCCGGGAGGCAUGUCUCCGCGCCUCUGAGAAGGAUGAAUACAAGUCAGAAACCACCCGCGAUGGCAAACUUCAUCUACUCAGUGUAGCCUGCCAUAACAAAAUUGCCGAACGGAAGGCUGUCAACAGAUAUAUGUGUGGCACCAACAUUAAUGAAUACGUCAUACGCUUCCAUGACAGUCGAUGGGAGAAACGCCUCAAGGCGGCCAGCAACCCUGAGAAUGCAGCAGGUGACAUUGCCGGCGAUUAUCAAGUUGAGAACCCCAAUGUUGAGGAACUCCAUGCCACUAUUGCCGAACAGGAAGAGACCAUCAUGAAGCUUCUCGAAUCUCGGAAAGCCAUCACUGAGCAGCUCAACUUGGUCACUGACCAGGUUUCGCAUCUUUCCGAAGUCGCCAUCAUCCAGCAGACACGACUUGAUACUGUCGAGGCCAAGGCUCAGAAGGAUCGAGAGGCUUUCAAAUCGGUUUUGGCGGUACUUGCAGAGUUUGAAGUUUGA